AUGACUGUCGGCCAGGCGCCACGGCUCACGGUCACACCUCCCGACCGUGGGUCCUUCCCAUUGGAUCACGACGGUGCAUGCAAGACCAUCAGCGACCGUUACGUGAAAUGUGUUCGUGCGCUAAAGGGCAACGCGUUUGAGUGUCGUUCGUUGGCUGCGGAGUAUAUGAAGUGCCGAAUCGAGAACAAGUUGCUUGUGGAAGAGCCGUUGAGUAACUUUGGUUUCCGUGAUUGCGACAUCAAACCUGAUGCUUCAACUGCCAACUUGUCAGAGAAUAUUGUGACUGGAGACUCAUUGGUGCGUCCACGUGAGGAUAGGAAGGAGUCUCGCGGUUUCGUUGCUGGAAGCAGCGUGGUGGAGAACUAUGCGAAAGAGCAGUCUUUCCUCUCGCGGAUCAUGUCUAGGUUCUUAAACUAA